AUUGCAUAACCAUGAAAUUCAUCUUGAACAUCCUUCUUGUUGCUGGUCUUCUCGCACUUUGUGAUGCUGCUUGUGAAGUCUGCGGAUGUGAGACAGCUCCACCACUCUUCACUGGCAAUUUUUUCAACACUGUUAUCAAACCAGAAAACACUGCAGAGGACCGAAAAAUGGUAACUGCAACUACACCAGAAGUCAAGGGAUGUCAAGUUUCCGUUGAAUGCAAAUUUUCGGAAGUUCCUGAUUUGGAAGAAUAUCGCAUGAUUUACGUUAUCGAAGGUCAAGAAACUCCAUACAGUUCCAAUCUUAAUGACGUGACCUGUGUUGGAUCAAAAUGGAUGGUUGAGAACAACGAAGUUACUUCUGUCGGCUGCUACGGAGUCGGACCUUUUAUGCCCCCUGGCUUCUAAUAUAUCGUUAGAUGUCGUCAAACUAAUUUCUCAAAACAUGUGUAUUUGGAAUAAAGUUUUAAAUAUUGAUA